AUGGCAGAGAAAAUAACAGACGACUUGAAACAUACCCAAUCUAUAAAAGAGGGGACCAUAAACGAUGUUUCUACCGCUGAAGCCCUGACUCUCUGCCGUGAUGCAGAUGAGAUUGAGACAAGUCCUGAGCUUGAUAAGGCACUACGAUGGAAACUGGACCUGAGACUCAUGCCUCUUCUCUGCUUCACCUAUUCACUGCAGUCAAUUGACAAGAAUACCAUCAGCUAUGCAGCUGUGUUUGGCCUACGAGAAGAUCUCAACCUCAAGGGAGAUGAGUUCUCUUGGGCCGGCGGGAUAUUCUAUCUCGGUUAUCUGAUCUGGGAGGUUCCGACUAGUAUGUUUCUUCAACGAUUUCCUAUCAACUACUUCAUGUCAGGAACUGUCAUCGCCUGGGGCGCCGUACUUAUGGCCCAUGGAGCCGUCAACUCCUUCACAACUCUCGUCGUCGUGCGCGUCCUCCUCGGCGCCCUCGAAGCAGCCAUAAACCCUGGUACCAUGCUCCUCUUCAGCAUGUACUACAUGCGAAAGGAACAGCCUCUCCGUAUGGGUAUAUGGAUUGGCUCCGCAGGUAUGGGCUACAUCAUCGCCGGCAUAGCUAGUUUCGGUAUAGGCCAUGUCAAGUCUGCUCUACCAUCCUGGCGAGUACUUUUCAUCAUCUGGGGCUCUAUUACAGUUGCUUGGGGGGUCAUUCUCUUGUUCUUGCUCCCGGGUGCGCCUAUGAGAGCGAAGUUUUUGACGGCUGAUGAGAAAGCGAGAGUUGUGGCGAGGGUGAGGGGGAAUGGUACGGGUAUUGAGAACAAGCAUUUUAAGAUGGUGCAGUUUUGGGAGGCGAUGCUUGAUAUGAAGACGUGGUUGUUGUUCUUGUUUGCCCUAACGAGUAACUCGCCUAAUGGAGGCUUAUCCGCAUUUCAAGGUCUCAUCAUCAAGGGUGCUGGCUUCAGUACCCUCGAUACCACGUUGUAUCAGAUGCCAUCUGGUGCGGUCCAACUUGUUGCAUGCGUCCUUGCUUGCUGGGGAGCUUCCGUGAUCAAGAACUCCAGAAUUCCAAUCAUGCUCCUCGGGCUUGUCCCCUUCCUUGCCGGCGUCCUAGGUCUUCACUUCCUCCCUCACAGCGACGCAUAUGCUCGAUUAGCAUGUCUAUGGAUGUCUUUCUCAUACACAGCAACCUGGACACUUAGCAUGUCCGUUUCAAUGGCGAAUACAGCAGGGCAUACUAAAAAGAUUACGACGAAUGCUAUACUAUUGAUAGGAUAUUGUCUGGGAAACUUUGUCGGACCGUUUUUCUUCAAGUCGAACCAGGCGCCUCAGUAUGAACUUGGAGUUGGCAUGAUGUUUACUUGUAUUGCCAUCCAGGUGGCGAGUCUUGUUGCGCUCUGGGUGCUCCUGUGGAUGAGGAAUAGGUCAAGGCGGGACCUUCAUACUCUUGAGAAUCAGCAGAGAGCUUGGGAGGCAGGACUUCUUGAUGAAACUGAUUUCAAGAAUAAGUACUUCCAGUACGUGUACUAG